AUGUCGAAGCGCUCCUUGUCCGACAAUAGCGAUGGUUCUGAUCAGGACGAUUCGCAUUCGAAUGUCGACGACCGGGAGAUCGCAGCGAAGAAACGCCGACUAGUCGCCUUCGAGACCGUGCGUCUACUUUCUGUCACUGGCGUGAACGAUAUCGACGACAAGAAGGCGAAAGUACAAGCCUACAAGCUUUCGGAAGCUUUGCGACAUAAAAACAAGCAGCUUAAAACGAAAGAGAGAGAGAUAGAGCGGCUUCGGCAGAGGCAGAUCACGGAUGAAAACACCAGUUGUACAAUUAAUCGGCAUUGGAACAAUUUGGAUGAGCAAUUGCGGCUGAUAGCUCUUCGUGGAGCGUCUUCUGAAGAAGUCGAGGAGUUACUGGAGUGCAAUGAUGAAGCUGUGUCGGGCGAUUUUUUAGACGAGAUAGUGCAAAUGGAAGGUGUUCAAGGAGAACAUGUGUAUGACAAGCGUGUUCAACAAAGACCGAAUGCUACGAUUUACACUUUUUUCAGUGUUCGCCUGUUUGAAAAGGUUAUGAUGCAGUUAGCGCGGAAAUCUGAUCAUUACCGAGCUUUCAGUAAAAAAUUGAUUAGUAUAUUUGACGCCUCAACGUUGUCGAGUGAGGAUAGGGAUGAAGCUUUACAUGGUGUUGUUGCCGAGAAUGAGAGACUAGCUGAGGAAACCAGUCGUCUGCAAAGAGAAACGAACCGUGCACAACAAAAAUAUGCUCGAUCUAGCUUGAAGUUGAAAGAGUGUGAGGACCAAAUAGCGCAACUGACAACACGUAAUGAAGAAUUGGCACGAGAACUUGAAGAAGCGAAGUUUGAUCUUGACAAGGCACAACGGCAAGUAAACAAACUCGACUACAAGUUGUACACUCUCGUCAAGGAUAAUUCCGCUAACUGUGAGAUACGACCAACUAGAUUGCUUAAUGGUCUAUCAAACGGUGGAGGCAUGAGCGACUCACAGCUCGACGAGUUGCGUGCAGAGAGCGAGUUGAAUGCUGAGUUGGCUGGUAAACGUCUGCAGGAGAUUCACGAGCUGAAUGAACGAAUACAAAAAUUUGUUGAAGAUACUGUUCGAAUGGAAUACAGUAUUUUGUUCAGUCGGCGUAUAGUUCCUCAGCUCAAAUUAUGCAAAGUACAGAAUACCAAAAUUUGGUCGUCUUCUAUUCAGUCGUUAUCGAUGAAUGCCGAAGGCUUAGGCAAGUUCAACAACUCUUUUGUUAAGCUGAAAAGCGACUACGAAGCUGUCACCGAGGAGCGUGAUCUUUUGAGGCAGGAAAUGCUGCAGAAGGUUGAAGAUAUGAAAGCAGAUGAACAUCAGUCUAUGCGGAAGAUGCGGUCUUUGUGUGAGCAGAUAACUCGGGACUUGAAUCAGAUGAAAACAGAGUCUGAUAUGUUACGAAUGGAGUUCGAGCAAUCACUGGCAGCGCACAGUAAGCAAGACGCAAAGCAGCAAGACAUAAAGGUGUUGUUUGGUACGCUAAAAACACAGAACUAUCAGCUUAAUUCCGACGUUGCAAAGUACCGGAAGAAGUGGAAAGAAGGAGUUAACACCAAUUACAAGAUACAAACUGAGCUGGAUAGUGAACGACGACGACUAGAACGAUGCCUAGUUAUUGAAAUGGAUGACGAGGAUUCGAAUGAGCUUGCUAGUCCAGAUCAAUCGCGCGAUGAUUUCGAUGUUCCUGAUGACAUCAACGGAGAAAGGCAUCUUUCAUUUAAUCUUGCUUUACGAUUUAUUAUUCAAACGUUUUUCGCUUCGAAAAUUUGGACAAUUUUGUCAGUAAUGGAGGGCAAUCGAGGUGCUGUUGAAAAGAUCUUCUAUGACUUUAUUGCAUUCACUAUGGAUGCAAAUCGCUUGUUUUCUCAAAAGGAUAGCGAAAUAGAGAGACUAAAACGUGAAGUUGCGAUGCUGAAAGACACAGAAGCUUCACUGAUGCUUGAUCUCGACAACACUGGCUCAGCUCUGGAGGAACUGCAAGAACAAAAUGCAAAACUUAUUUCGUUGCAAAAAGAGAACGACGAAGGACACAUCAAGAUGAUGAAUGAUCGAAUUAUUGCGACGCAGCUACAAGUUAAAAUCAAGGAGGAAAUGGUGGCCCAUUUGGAAUCACAAGUGAAUAAUUUGACGAGGCAGAUAGCUGCAUUACAAUGUGAGAAAGAGUCUCAAAACGAGGCGCUUAAGCUUGCUCUUGAGACAAUUGGAGUGAAAACCAAGGAGAAUGUGCGUCAAAACCGAAUUAUCGAGACUUUGCGUAAGCAGCUAACCGAACAAUCGCUAAACACUGCUGAUCUGACGACAAGAAGUGAGAAAAUUGGCGCGCAAUUAAGAGAUAUCCAGGAGGUGGUGGCGUCAAAGACGUUGCAAUUGGAGGUGAUAGAUCAACGUAAGCGUCGGUUGGAAGAGGAAAACUCGACACUUCGGAAACGUCUUGAACGAGCCAAGAAAAGUGAAAAGUUGGGUAGUACGGAUGCUGUACUUAUGGAGGAGAUUCGAGAACUCAAAACUAAAAACAUAAUGGAUGAGAUACUUAGAUUCAGUCGUAUACCUUUGGGAACGUGUUGUUGUUGGCAGGUCUCAAUUGUUAGAAUCGCGUUCAAUGAAUAA